UGGCUGGCGAUUGAGUCGACGUCACUAGCGUGUCUGCAUACGAGUUGACAUUCCAUAGCCUUAACAUCGCUUGAGCCAGCCCCUGCGCCUGGGAUCCCCAGUAGUUAAGACGGACGAGUAGGGUUUACCUCGACAGAUACUAGAACAACGCAUUAGGACAGCGGCUCCAACUGUGGUCCACAGACAGAUUCAUAUACAGAAUAGAGCAACCGACCAGCUGGAGCCAUGUCAGUAGCAGGAUUCAAGAAGCAAUUCCACAAAGCCACUCAGAAAGUGAGUGAGAGAGUGGGAGGAGCUGAGGGGACCAAGCAUGAUUUCGACUUCCUGGAAAUGGAAAAGAAAGUGGAUACUACCAGCAGGGCAGUGAUGGAUAUCAUGACUAAGACCACUGAGUACCUGCAGCCCAACCCAGCGACUCGAGCCAAGAUGAGCAUGAUCAGCUCCAUGUCUAAGAUGCGGGGCCAGGAGAAGGGGCCGGGCUACACCCAGACUGAGACUCUGCUGGGGGACUCCAUGCAGAAGUUUGGGAGGGAGCUCGGGGACGAAUCCAACUUCGGCCUUGCCCUCAUGGACGUGGGAGAGACCAUGCGUGAACUGGGGGAGGUGAAGGACGCUCUGGACAUAGAGGUCAAGCAGAACUUCAUUGACCCGCUUCAGAUCCUGCAUGACAAAGACCUCAAGGAAAUUCAGCAUCACUUGAAGAAGCUGGAGGGCCGCCGCCUGGACUUUGACUACAAGAAGAAGCGCCAAGGCAAGGUGACCGACGACGAGAUCAAGCAGGCGCUGGAGAAGUUCGACGACUCCAAAGAGGUCGCCGAGCUGAGCAUGUUUAAUCUGCUGGAGAGUGAUCCAAUGCAAAUAGAACAGGUGAGCCAGCUUGCCUCACUGGUGCAGGCGCAGGUGGACUACCAUAGACAGUCUACUGAGAUCCUGGAGCGGCUCUCCAGCAAGAUGGAUGAGAGAAUAAGGGAGGCCUCCACCAAGCCCAAGAAAGAGUUUGUUCCCAAGCCACGCACUUCCAUGGACUUCACACCCAAUGAGAAUCACAACGGGGGCAUUGGCCACAGCGGCCCCUCCAGGUCUCCAGCUCCUAUGGAUCAGCCCUGCGCUCGGGCUCUCUAUGACUUCGACCCAGAGAACGAGGGCGAGCUGGGCUUCAAGGAGGCUGACAUCAUUACUCUGACCAAUAAGAUCGACGACAACUGGUACGAGGGCAUGAUCCAAGGCCGCUCAGGCUUCUUCCCCGUCAACUACGUGGAUGUCCUGGUGGCCUGCCCCAAUAAGCCCCGCCUCGCCGCCUCUCGCCGCCUCUCGCCUCUCCCUGCAAACCCCUUGCUCCUGCUGAUCAGACCAUCUCUGGUGACCCCAUCUUCCACGGAAAGGAGAAGAGGAUGACAAAGACGACAAACAACAACAACACAAAACGAAGAAAAAAAAAGAACAAAAAACAGCUGCCGCAGCUCAGCGCCAUGCCAUCAAGUGCAAAAUAAGGACAAUAUGAAGAGUUCCCCAAGACAAAGUAGUAAGGAGGAUGUUUUUGCUUGCUGUUGUAAACAUGACCAUCAAGUCCAGAUCACUAUAACUAGCUUUUUUGGGGGGUUUGUUUGUUUGUUUGCCUGUUUUUGUUUUGUUUUGUUUUGUUUUGUCUGGAGAAGGAGGGGGAUGAGAUUUGGUUGGGUUUGAUGAGUUUCCCAGACGUCUGCAGCGCCCGUCCCUGUCUCUCCCGGCUUUUUUUUUGGCUUUGUUUUGCCUGUUUCCAUGGCAACAUCAAAAUGGAAUUUACUCUUUCUCUGCACCUUGCUAGUAUAUAAAAAUGCAACUAGUUCUGAUCCCAAAGCUUACUUGGGUUUUCGUAUCUUUUAGAGAAAAUACACUAUAGUUUAAGCAUGUUUUCCUUCAAUGGGUUUUUCUAGCUGAUUCGAUCAAGCACUGAGCUGAAGUAAAGACAAUUCUAGAUUAGACUUUCUCUUGCAUGCUUCAGAUAAUCUGCAAGGGGGAAACAUAUUUAAGCAUUUCACAUACAUUAGCCUCAACUGCGUUGUUCAUUCCGCUCGCUUGUGUCUGUCACUGUCCUCAUCCACAUGGUAUCACCACCAGACCACAUUUGGACUGCAGGAAGCAGAGUUGCCCGGUACUGGACCUAGGCUGGCCUGUAAUAUUCUUAUUGGCUGAGAUGAAUACUCUGUGUCUGGCGUAUGGUGUGUUCAAGAUGUCUCCUGAUACAACUGAUACUGUUGUAGUUUCAUUCCAUACCAACUGUUCAUCUGUCUGUCAGAGCCAGUAACUAUACAAUUGGUGAUUAAAUGUCUAUAGGAACAAAUUCAAGAUCAUGUGGAGUCUGUUUGAGUGAUGUAAGCAAAACUUGAAACUUACUUUCCUACAAAACAUGAAAAUAUAAUGAAAAAAAAUAAAUCAGUGUUCUAACUUAAUGAUGUCAAAAUAAGUGUAGAAAUCGAUUUGUGUUGUGCUAUAACCAAUAGAGAAAUAUUGUGUUUCAGAGUCAACAUACUGCAUUAUCGUGAGCUUCUUUGCUGGUUCAGAUUUUCUUUCAGAUCCCAGAUCAGUUGUGUAGUUUCAUAGUAGAACCCACAAUAAACAAAAGGUUUUUUGAUUGUUUUUUCUCCAAAUGAGCAGAUGCCCCAGUUGAAAAAUAGAGCGUUUUGACCCUGGUGCAAAAAAAUAAUGAAUUUCAGCAUGUGCCACAGCAAAGUAGUUAACUUUUCUAACACCAACAGGCGACUCACCUCUAAAACUCUCUCAUUCUGUCACUGUGUCAUUCAGCCACAUCCUACGAGGAUCAGUACUUCUUCAUGCUUGGGUUUGUGCAUUGCAAUGUUGAAAGAUGCCAUGCAAAAUGCUGCAACUGAAACACAGCCAGGUGGAAUCCAUCUUGGAGAAAGUGUGCUGUUAUCACACGAGUAUGCUUCAUCAUCACAUCACUGGCUCUGUGUCCAAGAUGACUGAGCUUGCAUUUGUCCUUUACAGAUGGAUCUCAGUAGAAAACCAGGAGACAUUUGACAAAGGCAGGGAUAUAUAUAUUUAUAAAUAUAUAUAUACCCAUCUGGGAAAUGCAUGUAACUGUAAUAUCAUUCACUUUUUAAUUAAUAAAUGAAUAAUGCUACAUACAGCAUGACCAAGUUGUGUGUAUGGGUGAGGUGUCAUUUAUUGUCACCUUGGGGUAAAUGUUUGUUUAUAUAUAUAUAUAUAUAUAUAUAUAUAUAUAUAUACAUAUUAAGGGUACAUUUUUAAUGUUUCAGUGCAUUUCUGUUGUGUUUCAUUGUAAUUAUCACAAAUGUGUCUUUGAAAAGGAAAUGAUGAAAGGUAAAGGACCAAGGAGUAUGACUGAGAAUGCUGAUGUGGAGUAGGCAUGUCAUUCAACCAACCGAAAAAGCCCCCAACUUCAAUCAAUCCAUUUAUAUUUUUUAGUGUUUCAAAAAGCACAAUUCUUUGGCCGAAUGUCCGGGGAUAUAGCUUUCACUGGCUGGGUCCUUCCAUUUCUUAAAAGAAUCGUUUAAUGUCCUUCAUUAUUAUUUAUUCUUUUUUAAAACAAAUUGUAUCUUUGCCCUCAAUGAGGACAGCUUUACUGUGCUUUGUGUUCCUCUUGUGUGUAUGUUAGUCACGCAUUUACAGUAUUGUAUCUUAUUUUUGUAAUAGUGACAAAAGUACAGUAUAUGGGUAUAGAUAAAAAAUAUAUAUAUAUAAAUCUCUCUCUAUAUAUAUAUACACACACACACACACACACAUAAAGGUAGACACUCCGUAUGUAUAGUGAAAUGUUUAAGGAAGGGAUUUGUUGAGCUCCAAACAUUUGUUGUCUUUGGAAUCUUCUUUUUCUUUUUCUUUUUCUUUUUUUGAUUUUCUUCCAGAAUUAGAUGACAUGCUUGAUGUGUAAAAACAACAAAAGUAAUUUCAGUGUAACUUAAAUAAAUACCAAGACACAGUUAA